UGUCAAUGUCAAUAGGUUACCAAUGGCAAUUUGUAUUUUAUUUUGAUUGUUGGAAUCCAAUGAAUAAACUUGUGAAUAAUCAAGUUGCUACUAGAAAGAUUGCUAUUAUUGCUGUAUACAUAUUAAGUGAAUUAUAAAUACAGAAUAAAUACUCAAUGUUCUAUUGAUAAACUAAUGAAUGUCGUGUUAAAUCUUGGAAGUUGAUUAGUGAUUGGGAUUUUGGACUUUAGCCGAAGUUCUUAGACUGCUACAAUCACAACAAUAAAAUGUCACAGCCACAUAGAAAAGCAGUCUUAAACCUAUAUAAAACGCUGCUGUUUUUGGGCAGAGAUUGGCCCCAGGGUUAUGACCUCUUCAGGAAGCGACUAAACAAAGUAUUUGUAAGAAAUAGUGAAGAAACUGAUCCAAACAAGAUCGCUAUGAUGGUUAAACAUGGUCAAUUCGUUAUUAAAGAGAUUGAAGCACUUUAUAAAUUGAAAAAAUACAGGGCUAUGAAACGCAGAUACUACGACUAAUGAUAAAAUAAAAUGAUUUGAUAAAUGGUAUGUAGAGAAGUUAUACAUGUUGUUAUUUAAUAUUUUAAGCUUUUCAGUACAACACCUUUUCAAAUAGUACAGUAAAUAUAUAAUGUUUUUGCCUAAUAAGAACAUGUACUUACUUAAACUUUAAUUUAACAGGAAUUUUUAGAAAGAAAUAAGUAGCUGUGGUAUCAUAUAUUAUUAUUAAAUACAGCCAUCACUACUAUAUAUAUUAUUUACUCAGUUUUAUAUCUAUUGGUAAAAUAAUUAUGACCAUUUUAUGCAUUGGAAGCAAAACUUAUAAUCAUUUGUUUGAAACCUGUAAACUUGAGAACGAUUAAUGCAAUGUCUUUGUGAUUUCUACAUAACGAAAUUAUCUUCAAGAAAUCCAUCUAGGCAAGAAAAAAGUCUUAAAAGAAAGUAAGUAAGCCCUAGCUGAGUACUGAUUCAACUUGAAAUAGCUUUUAUAAGUAACAGCAGAAGAAAAAUAUUGUUAGAAACCGCACGCAAAAACUAGUUUUAAUGGUAAUUUUUAACUUUAUUUUGUAGAAAUAUUUUAUACCACUAAUGAAAGAAGUAGAUAGUUAUUAAAUUACAGUAUAUUGAAACAGGUUUUUGUAGCAAUUUAUUUGCUAUAGUAGUAAUUUUAUCACUACUGAUGUGAGUGAAAUCAAAUAAAACUAUAAAAUCUAUGUCAUUUUGUAUUAUAUUUUUUACGAUUUACAUAAUACAUUAUUGUUUUUAAACUAGAUUAAAUCAUAACAAUUUGCUAAAAGACAUCUAUUUUUAAAAUAAAUUUUAAAAUAACAUUUCAAGACUUAGUUUUGAUUUAACAGGCGAGUGAUAUGAUAAUUUUGUUUGAUGAAUUUGAUGGUUUGUAAUUAUGUAUAUAUUUACAUAAAUGAUGUUUUAACUUGUUAUUAUAUGUUUUUGUUAAUUAUAAUAUUAUGAUGGAACAUAAAUUAACUAAGCAAAAUAGCAACUUGACUCUAAAUGGAAUGCUAACUUACAAAAUAUUUGCAUACAAAAAACCCCACUUUAAUUCUUCUCUUCAAUAAGUCUCUGAGAAGGUUUAUUAUUAAAUGAAGUAUAUAAUGUUAUGUAUAAUAUGAUAUAUAUUUCAAUUUCCCUCCUAGUUUUUACCAAUUAUAUUUAUUAUCAGCCCAAUUGUUUCAUUAUUUUUGGUUCAUUACUUUUGGCUUAAGAUGCAAUAAUAUUGUAUUAGUAAAUAUUUGAA